GAAGCGCGGAUGACAAAUUGGCGAAAUAGAUUGUUUAUUGUUUUUAACGUAAAUUAAUAGAAAAGUACGCCUCAUUAAAAGCCGGAGAAUGUCGGAAGAACCCGCUAGCACCUCGGCCUUUGGCUUCAAAAAACGAAACAUCAAAAAAGGAGCCGCCAUUCGCCGCAAAAAGGAAAGCAGCAGCAACGAAUCAGCGAAAAGCAGCGAUGAGGAGGCCCAAGGCAAGGCCAGUGCUUUAGUGCGAGCCGAAAACCGCAGGAAGCGCACGAAUCCCAAUUUCCAGAGCACCAAGACACUAAGUAAAGCGAAGCGCCAGGCGGGAGCAGCCGAUGAGAAUGCCACAUCCUCCGCCUCCGACGAUGAUAAGCUGGGCAUAGCCUACAAAUCCAAGCGCGAGGCUCUGCCCAGUGGACCACAGGAUCAGGGCGCCACGUCCGUCAAUCAAAUGGACACGGAACUGGAUCGCGAUGCCCAGGCGAUCCAUGCGCGAUCCCUGAAAAUCAACGAGGAACUGGAGGGCAAGGCGGACGACAAGAUCUAUCGCGGAAUCAACAACUAUGCGCAGUACUACAAGAAGCAGGACACGGCGGCAGGAAAUGCCAGCUCCGGAAUGGUGCGAAGCGGUCCCAUCAGGGCGCCUGCUCAUCUCAGGGCCACGGUGAGGUGGGAUUACCAGCCGGAUAUCUGCAAGGAUUACAAGGAGACGGGCUACUGUGGCUUCGGCGACAGCUGCAAGUUUCUGCACGAUCGCAGUGAUUACAAGGCAGGCUGGCAACUGGAGGCGGAUCACGAGAAUCAGCGGAGAGGAGAUGCCGAUUCAGAUGGCGAUGAUGGCAAGUACGAGAUUCACUCGGACGAGGAGUCGCUGCCUUUCAAGUGCCACAUCUGCCGACAAAGCUUUGUCAAUCCCGUAGUAACCAAGUGCAAACACUAUUUCUGUGAAAAAUGCGCUUUGGCCCAAUACAAAAAGUCACAGCGCUGCAUCAUCUGCUCGCAGCAAACAAAUGGCAUUUUCAAUCCCGCCAAGGAGCUGAUAGCCCGACUUAAGUCAAAUCCCAUGGAAAACUCUGAUAGCGAUGAGGAGCAAAUGGAAGAAAGGGAGGAAAAACCUGGAGCUGAGGAGGCUCAGGAGAUUUCCUCCGGUGAUAGUGAUUAAAAUUGAUUUGAAAGCAAGUUU